AUGCACGCCUCUCCGCGAUUCCAAGCCAUCACGGCUCGCUUCUCCUCCAGCAGCCUCCGGGCAUCAUUCCGCCGCUCGUCCUCCGCCUCGUCCCGCGCCAGCAGCGAUCGGGACUCGUGCGGCGCCAGCGUCAUUUCGUCGCCGGCUAACACCAUCAACAGCAUCAUACAUCACCAGCCGUCCAUCCUGGGAAUGGAAGAAGAGCGCAGAAGCUUCGGCAGCGAGCUUAGCAUCCUCGAGCCUCGCCCGGUCGUCUACUGGGGCAGCGUCGAGGAGCGCAUCGCUCAUUUCUGA